CACAAAUACAAACCGCCCAGCUCGCUACUCGUAGCAAAUGACCCAAUGCAAAAUAGAAAAUAGCAAUCCAGAAGAUUUAUCUGAGUGAUCGAGGUUGUGUGUUGCUAACGCCACAUUAGUAGUCGAUCGGUUGCCACACCUUCUGCGCCACAGACCGUGUUCCAUUUCGCAAAUUUCAUCAAUGCACUCAGACGCAAGAGACAUAUGUCGAACCAUUAACUGACUGCAGCCAUGGCAAUGGAAAUUGGUUUGUCGACCUUACUCGAGCUGUUUUCAAAUAUUUUGCCAAAACUUUUCACCGAAGGAACUAGACUAGUGGAUGAUUCCUGGUCUAGCAGAUGAAAUAAGAAUCUUGUUUCGAAACAGGACGAACAUUUAGCGCAUCGCCAACACAAACACUACAUGAGUCGCCAGGGUGGGUCCAAACCCCGCUUACCUCAACCGCAUCUCAAGUAGUCAACCCAAGAGCGCGGUCACUUCGAUUGCCGUGCGCCAAACUCGUCUGCCUCAUCUCCAGGUUCACCAAACUAAAAAAAUAAAAUAAAAAUAAAAAAGAAUCUCGUCACAAUCAUGUCUGCCGGUGCCGGUGCCGCCACCGCGCCAGGCGGCCUCGGGGCUAGGGCCCCGGAUACAAAGAGCCAGAAGCUCAAGAAGAAAAAGAUCUUGCUGAUGGGCAAGAGUGGCUCGGGCAAGUCGAGCAUGCGCUCCAUAAUAUUCAGCAAUUAUUUGGCCAAGGACACGCGGAGGCUAGGCGCUACUAUUGAUAUCGACUUAUCUCACGUUAAGUUCCUCGGCAACCUGCAGCUCAACCUCUGGGACUGUGGUGGCCAGGAGGCUUUUAUGGAGAAUUACCUCUCCCAGCAGCGCCAGCACGUCUUCAGCAACGUCGGCGUCAUGAUCUACGUCUUUGACAUUGAGUCGCGCGACGUCGACCGCGACUUGGCCACCUACGUUACCAUCCUCUCGGCCCUGAUGCAGUACUCGUCGGGGGCCAAGAUCUUCAUCCUCAUCCACAAGAUGGACCUGAUACCCAACCAGACCAAGGAGGCCGUCUUCGUUGAGCGCGUCAACCUGGUCCGUCACCGCACCGAAGAGUUCAUGCACGGCGGCCCCGGCGGCCAGGCCGACCUGACCCCAUUCGCCACCAGCAUCUGGGACCAGUCGCUGUACAAGGCCUGGUCUGAGAUCAUCCACGAUCUGAUCCCCAGCCUGUCCCUGAUCGAGGAGCACCUGGAGAAGCUAGGCGCCCUGAUCGAGGCCGAGGAGAUUCAGCUGUUCGAGCGCACCUCGUUCCUCGUCGUGUCGUCCUGGGUCUCCGAGGUUGGCGCCCUCAACCCCUUCCAGGACCGCCAGGAGCGCCUAAGCAACAUUCUCAAGGCCUUCAAGUCCAGCUUAUCAAAGUACACGGGCACCCCUCGCAACUCGGAACAGUUUCGCGACUUUGACCUCAAGGUCGGCACCGGUUUCGCCCUCUUCAUCACAAAGUUCACCACAAACACGUACAUAUUGUGCUGCCUGCCGCCGGGCGAGGCCCGCUUCAACGCCGCAAAGCUCAACGUCCGCAUCGCAGCCCGCCUGUUUGAGGCCUUGGACAACCCUACCAAUGCUGCAAAAGCGGCGGCGGCGGCCGCCGCCGCUUCGCAAAAUGGUCCAGGCGGUAGCUCUGUUGGAAUCACUGCAGGGAAUGGCGAAGGGUGAGAUUCAACAACCAUCUACAGGUUUGUUGACUGCACACUGCUUCUAAUAAUUUGUGAUGAUUUUUUUUUUAUUUGAUUGCGGCCUAGGAUUUCGGAACAAGGCAGACAGAGAUUUUUCUGAUACCCAAUGUAUUUACUACGCACACUUGAUUUUAUUUAUUUCCAUGUUGAUUACUCUUUAGUGUCGGGCUUUGUCGCAUGCAUGAAUCUGGCCAGUAGGCGGCCUCAUA